AUGAAGCUGUACGCGGUAUCUGAUGGACCACCAUCACUGGCUGUUCGGAUGGCCCUUGAAGCGCUCAACAUACCGUACGAGCAUAUCAGCGUGGAUUACGGUAAAGCGGAACAUCUUACGGCGGAGUAUGAAAAGAUGAAUCCACAAAAAGAAAUUCCAGUACUUGAUGAUGAUGGCUUCUUUUUAAGCGAAAGUAAUGCCAUUCUGCAGUAUAUUUGCGAAAAGUACGCCCCGACGAGUGAUCUGUACCCGAAAGAUCCCAAGGAACGUGCGUUGGUGAACCAUCGACUUUGCUUCAAUUUGGCCUUUCUGUAUCCGCAAAUUUCGGCCUACGUUAUGGCACCGAUAUUUUUCGACUACGAGCGCACGGAAAUGGGGUUGAAGAAAUUGAACAUGUCAUUGGCCGCGUUUGAGACGUAUCUGAAACGUACCGGCACGAAGUACGUCGCCGGCAAUGGGCUGACCAUUGCCGAUUUCCCACUAGUAACGUCCGUCAUGUGUUUGGAAGCGAUUGGGUUCAAUUUGAGCGAAAACUAUCAAACCGUUCAGCAGUGGUACGCGGGUUUCAAACAGGCUCACGGUAACCUGUGGGCCAUCGCAGCGAAGGGUAUGGAAGAAAUAGCCGAUUUCGAGAAGAACCCACCAGAUCUAUCCGGAAUGGUGCACCCGAUCCAUCCGAUUCGCAAGGUCGGAGCAAAAUAA